CUUUUAAAGCAUCUCACUCCUCAUCUCUCUCACAGGCUCACUUUCCAGUGAACAGUUCCAUCAGUUCCUCCUCCCUGCCUGCUUAUCUCCUCCCCUCACUGUCACUGUGCGCCACAAACUGAGGUGGGUCUUAUUUACACUCUCUCCCUUCUCUCCCUUCACUCUUUACUCUCAAGACACAAUGGGGUUGACAGCACUGUGCGUAUUUGGAACCCUGCUGGCCUUCUCGAGCCUCUUUUGGACCACAGCAGACUCUGGUGAAGGAGACCUCCUGGGGGAUAAGGAAUAUGGGCCCUGCGUUGCAACCUUGAGGCCUGAGGGGAUGUGCAGACAGGGGGAGGAUGAGCACAUGUGCCCCUAUCUAUUCAGUCUGCCACCGUUGACUGUUCAUUUGCCAAAGCAGCUUACAGAGCUGGAGAAGAUCAGGAAGGAUCUGCAUAAGCUGAAGGACGAUGUGGAUCAACUGAGGAAAAUGUGUGCAGACUGUACAGUAAGCCAAAGUGAGAGAGAGUGUGGGAGGCAAAGUGAGAGAGAGCAUGGGAAUCUGAAUGAGGGUAUGGAUAGACAUAAGGAUGAGAGGAACUGGAUGAAUGAGAGAGCUCCUGAGACACUGAAAGAUUUCAGACAAGAGUGUGAAACAGACAAGGUUACAGUGGAAGGGGAUAGUGACACUGACGCAGAAAAAAGAACAAUUAUGGAUGAGACAGAAAGAAAGGAAUGGGAAUCCAAAAGAGGUAGCCAUAUAGAAACCAUAACAGAAAAUGAGAAAGAAGAAACCUUAAAAGAACUGGCAGAAAAGGAUGGAAAAAAUAAAUCGGAGCAGGCAAAAGGAAAGGACAGGUGGGGGUGGGCAAAAGUGCCAAAUGCUGGUGGAAAGAAGCGAUUAGUGGGACAAAAGACGGUUGGAAAAAACAACAGGGAGACAGACACAGACAGAAAUAAAGAAAAAGAUAGAAAAGGAUCUUCAAAGAGAGAUCAAGAGGAUCAGUUGGAAAGAGGAAAAGGAAGAAAGACAACCACUAAUAUAGAAAAUAAGAAGAAAACACCAGAAAGUGACCAUCACCUGAAGCGAGACAAAAUAAAGGAAGAGAAUCAGACACAAACUGGUGAAGACAUCAGGGACCGUGAUGGAAUAAAGAUGCCUGAGGACCGUGAGCCGAAUAAGGAGAGAGAGCAGCACAGGGAGGAGAAGGACACAGAAACAGGAAAGGGAAUAAAAGCAAAGCAAAAUAAUGAUACACAAAAACAGAUUGGAAGCUCUGGGCAUGCAGAAAAAGAUACAAGUAUAAAACAGGAGGAGGUGGAAGAGGAGGAGGACAGAGAGACAGAUAAAGAGAUCAAAUCAGAUGAAGAAAAAACAGUCCAGAGUGUACAGAGAGACAGUGAUGGACAAUUAGCAUCCAGCAAAGCAGCUGAGAGAACAGACUUUGUUUCAUUCCGCCCGACUCCUCAGUCGGCCAUUAGAUCAACUCUGAGGCAUGAUUCCGUGGACACUUCACAUUUGAUCACAAAUGUCAAUCUAGGGACCAUGAUAACUGCUUAUGGACCACCAACCCAAAGCACAGACCUUGGAGCAGCUGGCACCUCUGAUGCAGAGGCAGACUUUAGGACCGUGGAUAGCCCAACAACGACAGACACAGUAAGCGCACUGGGUGGUUCUGAGCAUCAGAUAACCAGCACCACUGCUAGGUUCACCUCUACGACUAGCAUAAGACCUGGGGAGGGUUUCCAGGGUCGAGUUAGCUCAACUAAAACCACUGCUACUCCCAGUCAGAACUUGUAUACAACUACAUUCCCAGAAAUCACAGACCACAGCACUGGGACUGCUAAAAAGAACAUCAGCUCAAACACUACGGAUGGGAUAAUAUCUCCACCAGACCUGAAGCCUGGAGAACAGCAUAAACAAACACUAAAGCAUCCUAAGAAUGACCAUAAACAUGACCAAGUUCCUUUGCCUGGCAAAAAAACAAAACAAGACCAAAAUCAGAGGCCUUCUCAGGAAAAACCCAGAACCAGCCAAAACUCUAAACCUAGCAGUGACAAUAUACAAGUUCAAAUUUCAAAACAUGACCAGAGAGCUCCACCUGAUAAUGUAACAGCUGAUCAAAAUGUAAAAAACAAUCAAACAUCUAAACAUAAUCAUGUAGAUGCUCAAAACAAGUUACCUUUGCAAAAGCCAAACUUUCAGCAAACAUCUAAGCCUCCUGUCCAAAGAGCUACAUCUCAUCAAACACCUGUAACUAACCGGCAGCCUGAAUUUGUUGAAAGCCCAAUUAUUAAUCAAAACUCAAAACCAGACAAAGAACAGCAUCAUACUCUUGAAACUGACAAGGCUGAGGAAAACCAAAUGCCUGAGAGAAAAAUGAAAAGUGAAGAAAAAAGAAAGAAACAAGGACCUGAGCUAAGCCAACAUUUCACACCUGUUCAAGUGCCUAAAUCUGAAAGAACUGAAACAACAAGCCUCAUGCCAAAAACUGACCUAGAGCCAGUGACAGAAUUAAUGGAGAACUCGGAUGGAAGUUCAUCUCCUGAGCCUAAAUAUGACCGAGACUCAACACCUGGACAAAAGCUAACACCUGACCAUGCUAAUAUAUAUGUUAAACCCGGCCAGAACAUUUCUAAAGUUAAACAAAAGCCUACACCUGGCCACACACCUGACCCUAACCAAGAACAUCCAGUGCUUGUGACAGGCCAAACGACUAAACCACAAAUAAACAACAACCAGACAGCACAAACCAAUCAAGGGCUUAAAACACCUAGCUCUGAACAAAUGUCUAAUCUUAACCCAAAAUCUGUGCCCAAUGAAACACCUGGAGCAGAAUCCAAUAAAAGAGCCACACCAAGGCCUCCAUCCAGUCACAAACCACUGACUAGACCUAUACCCAAGCCAGGAGCAACACCUGUUCAAAGGCCAGAACCAGCAGAGCAACCAAAGCCAAGUCCAAAGACCAAAACAGAUUUAAAUCUUCCUCAUAUCAGCGUGACUACUUCAGACAUCAUCCAAAAUGCUCAACCUACAUCUGACCCAGCAAAACAGAUUAGUGAAUUGACUCAUUCCCCAGGGGAGACAGGAAUCAGUCCCAGCACUAUGAAAACUAUCACCCCGGGUCCAAAGAUCUAUAACAGCCCGGAGCCCGGACCCUUCCCUCACCUCCAAACUUUCCUUGAAGCUUUCACAGCGAGCCCACGCAGCAGGACUACGUCUGAUCUGAGGCCACAAACAGCUGGUCAGCUAUCACCAAGACCAAUGACAACAAGACCAAAUAAAAUCAUGCGUGGGAUCCACCCAAUUGUUAUUCCUAGCACUAGGCCAGGAUCCACAAACCCAAAUCUAGCUUCUAAUACUGACUCCAGCUUACAAGCUAAAGUACAUCACAACAUGGAGGAAGCAGCACCCAGGCAAUCUCCAGAUCCAGACAAUAUUAUGUUUCCAGCUCCUUCCUCGGGUGCUCUAACCACCUCUACAGUGAGCCCUGACAUCAGGGCAACAACCACUGUUGAAUCUGGGCCCAAGUUCCUGGACACUGAAUCUUCCACUCCCAGUGCACGCGAGCUGCGUGUCAAAAUCAACCAGGUGGCUGUGUUGUUCAAUAACAGCCUGGGUCCAGAUGGAAAAGCACUGAACAGACGCCUAGAAAAGCACCAGAAGGAAAAGCAGGGAGGCAGCAGGCCUGACAGGACAGACAGCAAACUACCAACGCUGCUUUCAUCCAAAGUGAGCAGGGACUGUUCAGACCACCUACUCCGAGGAGAAACAAAAAGUGGAGUGUACAUGGUGACCCCUGACAUCCGCAGCAAAGGCUUCCGAGUCUUCUGUGACAUGGAGCUGGGUGGUGGAGGCUGGACCCUUCUGCAGCGGCGACAGGAUGGCAGCGUGAGCUUCAACCGCAGCUGGGCUGAGUACCGUUCAGGGUUUGGAAAUGUGGACAGAGGGGAGUUUUGGCUGGGCAACAACAUGAUCCACCUGCUGACUCGGGACAGGGACAUGGCGCUGCGGGUGGAGCUGGAGGACUUUAAAGGGCUGAGGGCGUAUGCGCAGUAUGAGCAGUUCAGGGUGGCAAGUGAGCGGCUGCGCUACAGACUGACAGUAGGCAGUUACUCUGGUACAGCAGGUGAUGCUCUCCACUUCAGCAAAAUGUAUGAUCACAACAACAGGGAGUUCACCACACCGGACAGGGACCACGACCGCUAUCCAUCUGGGAACUGCGGAGCCUAUUACAGCUCUGGCUGGUGGUUUGAUGCCUGCCUGGCUGCAAACCUCAAUGGGAGAUACUAUGUGGAGAAGUACAAAGGAAUCCGAAAUGGGAUUUUCUGGGGGACGUGGCAUAACAUAUUGACAGAGUAUUACCCCACCACUCACAGAAGGUCCUUUAAAACUGUCAAGAUGAUGAUAAGACCAAAGGGAUUUGUGCCAUAAGCUGUGACUCUGCCAGGGCACGUAUGAAAACAAAAUACACACAAAGGGUUUAACCCUUGGGAGGGCCUUACAUAUUCCAUCCAUAUAAGUCGAUAUCAAAGCUCCAAAUAUGACCCCAGGACCUCCAGAGGGUACAAUCUUCUACCAUAGUUUAUAGUUUUAACAAAACUUAUUAUACUCGCCACACAUUUACUGUACAUCAUUAACACAAUGCUGCCACCUUGUGGUGUUUGAUUUCACCAUAGCCUACUAUUUUGUUUACAGGUUACAGUAAUAGCCUUUAACAGUAACUGAGGAUGUAAAUAGUUUCACAUGUUAUACUUCUAAUUAAUCUUUUUAUAAUAUAAUCUUUUAAUGUUAAAUGUCAAUGUCAAGUGGAAUUCAUUUAAUGAUGAGAGAGAGAAAUCCACUUCUGAAGAGUUAUUUUUCUACUAAGACAGUCUAAAUCUGUUGUAACAAACUACUAUUUCUAUUACAGUACUAGAAGCUGUUUGGGAUAUGUGAUAAAUAUGGUUUGUUGAGAUAAAUAAAAUGAAUUUACAGAAAAGCUUUGCAUUCCUUUAUUUUUUGUCUGCUGAAAUUAAUGCAAACUAAAUUACAAUCAAUUCAGUAACAAGAAGAGUUUAGUCAACAUUACUAAGAAAGUAGCCACAGAUUCCUCACAGAUAUGACACUUGUGAGACAAAAGAGCAACAAAACAAAAGAUCUAAUUACAGAAACAGCUCCAUGCCGAGCUUUG